ACGCCAUGCCAGCUCAUCAGCAAAUAUCUAUUUAUUGAUUUAUUAUAUAUAAUUUUUUACUUUUUCUAGCAUCCGCCCUUUUAAUGCCUUAUUUUGACUGCUCAGAUAUCAGCAGUGAGAGAAAGGCACAGAGAAUAAAGAAAAGAAAAGGAAGCUAGAACUCGAGAGGUUCUGUGUUCUCAGUAGCGGAUUUAUGUCGGCUAGUUUUGAUUUGGCUUUGAUUGGGGCUCUGUCGCAGCUCUGGUUUAUUCCUUCCGCUUGUUCAACUCUUUCUAUUUGCUUUGCUUCUCUCUGUUGUGGUUUUUUCUGCUAUAUGCUUCUCUGCUGUUUCCAGCAGAGGUUAAAUCUGUGGUUUCCAGCUGUUUCGAUGCGUUUGAGACCAAAAAGGACUUGUUCUGGUGUCGAGUGUUUUGGGGGUUUUCAUAUAAAGCGAAUUUUCUACCUUUUCCUGUUCUUGAGAGGGGCUCUCACUUGACGCCACUGUGAUAUAAUCCGACCUUUUUUCGUCUUUCAUUUUUCCAGAUUUUCGUUUUGUUUGUUAAAAAACAAGAAGUCAUUGAGGGGGGUUUUGGCGAGUUUUAACCCAUCAUUUCCUGAUGCCAGAGCCUAGAAAACAUCCUUUGAACCCCAGUAAAUCCUGCAAAAAAGUCGCUGACACCAAAUCAAUCUCGCCGGAAGAGUCGAGAAUGGAGUCCAAAAUGAGAAAAAUUCGUGUCAUUUACCGUGAUCCAUACGCGACUGAUUCUGAUUCAAGUGAUGAUGAAUCAGAGAUAAAUGUUGAGAGAUCGUUUAAAUCCAAACGAUUCGUGUCCGAGAUCAAUUUUCCAUUCGUUGUCUUUCCUCAGUCAAAAACCCUCGAGCCUGAGAGUUCCUGUCAAGACAGUAACAACAGUGGCAAAACCCCCAACAAGAAGAGAAGGGUUUUGGGUAAAACCCCAUCCCCUGCAACAACUGCAGCAACAGCAACAACUGAAACAAAAGUGGCGCGGAAGAAACCUGUAGGUGUUAGGCAAAGGAAGUGGGGUAAGUGGGCAGCCGAAAUUAGAAAUCCAGUCACCAAAGUCAGGACUUGGUUGGGUACUUACAAUACUCUUGAAGAGGCUGCGCAGGCUUACGAGGCAAAGAAGCGCGAGUAUGAUGCUAUGACCAUGGCAGCCUCUGAGAAGAGCCAAAAUAUUUCCAUUUCUGUGGCAGCCUCUCAGUCACAAAACAACAAGAAGAGCUGCACUAACCAUCAUGGUCCUGUUUCCUCAGAAGACACUGACAGCUUGUUAUCACAUACUUCUCCAUCUUCGGUUCUGGAUUUGGAUAUUUCAGUUGUGUCAAAUCUUAAUGGUGACUCUAGUGAUUUGAUCAAAGAAGGUGGUUUUGAUGCAGAUGUUGCAGAUCUUGAGUUACCCGAUUUGGGUUUUAUGAAUGAGCCAUUGGGGUCGUGCCCAGUUGAUGAAGAUCUUAACCUGGGGUUGGAGUUUGGUAACCUCAUUGAUGAUUUUGGGCAACUUUAUGAUGAUUACUGUAACAUUGAAGAUCUAGACAUUUGCAAGUUAGACACCGAUGAACCAAGCGAGCUCCCUGAUUAUGAUUUUGAGUUUGGCAACGAGGAAUUUGCUUAUUUGGAUGAUCUUCAUCAUCAUCAACAGCAUCCACUACCCUUCAAUAUUGCAUGCCCAUAAGUUUUGCAGCUAGGGUUUUUAUUCGUGUUACUAGUAGUUUAUAUUAAGUUAUAUUACAGCAAGAAACACGUCUUAGGAACAAAAGAUGGGUUCUCUAGAUUGUUCUUGUGAGUGAGUUUUAAUUUAUUUGUUUGUUGAAAGAUGGAGGUAGGGAUGAGCUCUUUUUUGUAGGGAAAGAGUCCUUUGGGUUUUCCUGUGCUAUCAGAGCCGUCCAAGGGAUUCUAAAAUGUCUUGAGGGUAUUCAAUGAUGCUGGAUUUUGAGAGUUUUGGACAUUCCCUUCUUUUUCUUGCUUCUGAAUUAAGAUAUGAAAUGAGAUGAGACUUGUGUGUGAUUUAAAUUAUAA